GCUACACUGCUUAUUCACUGCCACUGCCAUUGCAUCCUCCUGCAUCGCAUCGCAUCUGUAUAUCCCACUAACCUCAACCUCAACCUCAAUUGACCGUGAACCGGUUUCAAUCCCUCCUCUCCCUCAUCUAUCUGGAUUCAAGUACCGAGUAAAAGAGGAAAAUGACUCGACUGAGCUUCGUUCUGCUCUCCCUCCUGGCAUCCUCCAUCGCGGCCUCCCCCACCGAACAUCAACACCGCGAUGACCUCCUGAACUCCCACAACGAGCACAACCUCAAUCCCAUCCACAACGCUCUCCACCGUCUCUCUGCUCGCUUCCGCGAUGGAAUCUUCCCCACUGAUACCGAUGCCGUGAGCGCUAUCCAGCACGACGACGAAUCCCUGGGCAAGCGCUUGUUGGACCUCGUCAAGAGACAAGACGUCGGAGGUAAUACCACCACCACUGCCACUGAUGCCACUGCUAUUGCAACCACCCCUGCUUCUGCUUCUGCUUCUGCAACUUCGUCCGAGGAAUCUUCUUCUGAGUCCACGUCGGUGACAACUUCUCCUUCAGACAUUUCUUCGUUGUUGCCUUCUUCCGACCAGGCGUCGUCUACGGAGGCCUCUUCCGCUGAUCAAUCGAGCUCGACUGCGGCUUCCACUUCGGAUCAAACUAGUUCGUCGGCGGGGUCUACUGGUAGUUCCAGUGCUGAGAGUACCACUGAGAGUAGCACCGCCGGGAGUAGCACCGCCGAGAGUAGUACUGCCGAGAGUAGCACCGCCGGAUCUAGCAGUGCCGACUCCAGCACUACCGGCAGCAGUUCUACCGGCAGCAGCAGUGCAUCGGAGACUGAGUCGUCCACGCCUGCGUCGACUUCGGCCUCGUCGACUGCUUCGUCCACUGCUUCUAGCACUGAAAGUUCCUCGACCAACCCAUCGACAACCAUGUCGACCUCUGCGUCGCCUUCUUCCACUUCUGCUUCGUCCACCUCGUCUACCGAGACCAGCUCGAGCACCACCAGCACCACCAGCUCUACUUCUUCCUCGUCUACCGAGACUACCACUCAACACACCACUCCAUUCACCUCUACGUACCAGAGCACCACGACCAUGGCCAACGGUGAGCGAAGCACUGUGACCAUGUUCACUGUCGUGCAUCCCACUGCGUCGACGACUUCUUCUGCGAAGCCAGUUCUUGGCUAUCAUUGCUGGUGCUGCUGUUGUUGCCAUGGCGCUGUAGUCGUUCAUCGUUCAUUUUUGCAUUCUUCGUUUUCUUUUCUGUUACUUGCGAAAGUUACAUCGCAUUGCAUAGGCGUUGCAUUCGUUCUUUACUCUAGCAUGUCCGGCGUCCGACAGUCUUUCUUUAGAUUCCAGUAUAUAAACGUGAUUUCUUGUCCUUCAGGUAUUACCUCCAACAGUAUGAUAUAAACAGUGAUCAGUGAUUUAUUAUUCUCCAAACAAAAGGUACGAUAUAACAGUCCGUCCAAACCGUAGGGUAUGAUAUAAACAACAUCCACACAUGUACAUCCUCCACACCCCCCCAAUUCCUUCAAUACUCCAUCCAAAAACAACUAACUCUCCCCAACCCAUCUCUCCUCCUCCGUCCAAAACCUAACCACACUCUCCCACCCCACGUAAUCCCCAUCCCUCAACAACGCCGCCACAUC